AUGUCCCUACGUCGAUCAUCUUCAUCACCCGUAGUACGUUCUCAUCCAGAAAACUCGGUUGAUCACUUCUCGAUAACCAUGGAAACACCAUCGGAUCACCCCAGAACAAGAAACACUGAGAUGAAAAUUUCAAAUCCAGCAUAUCCGAGGUCAGACUCAUCGCCAGAAGAACUGGCCAUAGAUACUGACAACACGAACCAAUCUCAGGAUUUGAAUCCCAUUGUUCGUCUCUUCCGGGAUCUAGAUUUGAGCAAAAUAUUGCUCGGUUUGGGCGUGACACUGGCAGCAGCUUUGGUCAAGGCCAAGGAUUCUGAUUCAUCGGUGGUGUCGCCUUUAACAGUUCUGUCACUAUGCAUAGGGCUCGCGGCAUCGUGGAAUGGUCUCCUGCUUCGCACUACCUUCCAUACAACUUCUAUCGUACUCGAACAAAUCGGAGCUGUUUGUAUUCUCUUUGCGUUUUAUGGGGUCGUCGGAUCUUUGCUUCCUCCACAGUUUUCUUGGGCUUCGUGGGCUAAUAAAGGUGCUUAUGGUUGCUGA